AUGGCCACCAUGCAGAUUUGGCUCGACGUCAUUUCGGUACUCAUUUGUGUUUUGUCAGCUGCUUUGGCCGCUGGACUGACCCUGGGUUUAGCCACGCUGGAGCCUUUCGGUCUGCAGGUGAUUCUGGCAUCCCGACCCGAGGAUUGCCUGACGUCAGAGGAACGACAACGCUUGCGCCUCGAACAGCAAUGCGCCUCGCGUAUCUUGCCCCUGGUCAAGGACCACCAUUUGCUCCUAGUGACUCUACUGCUCUUCAACACUGUGGCCAAUGAGGCGGAUCGAUUUCGAUCGGAUUUGUUGGCGAGUUUGUUUGACGUGAGCCCGCUGGGCGAUGCCGAUCCGGAGGUACCCAGCGGGGAACCAGAUUUUUGCAUGAAAGGCGGAUUGAUUGAAGAAGCAAUCCGCGAGUUUCAUAGCGUCUGCAACCGGGUGCCCAGGAAUGCUGUUGCACGUACCAACUUGGGCAGCGCCUAUUUUGAGCGUGGCGAUGAGGAUGCGGCCUUGCAUUGGUUUCGGUACGCCUAUCGUGGCUGGGCAGACGCUCCGGAAGUGGUGGUAUUGUUGGAGGAAUCUGAAAUGGAGGCAUACCCGAGUACCCCAAAAUCAUCCAAGUCACUGCUUUUGAUCAAUGGGAAAAAACAAUGUUGGGUUCCUGUAUUUUAG